CAAACAAAGACAAAGAAAUGGAAAGUAAAGAAGUAGGGCAUACCAAAGACACCCGCCAACCACCCACUUACUGAUAAAAGUUCUCGUUGACCCAGCUCCUUACAGAAUCCAGACCAGCGUCUGUGGUGUAGUAGCAGUUAUGCGCUUCGCUGUCGCACGCAGGCGACUUGAGUUCGAUUCCCGACUGAGGAGAAAAUUUGUAUCGAGUUUCUGGGUCUUUCUGGGAUGUUUAUCCUUUUUAGACCGGUUGCCCCGAUAUGUAGGGUUGAAUGCCCGCCUUCUAAAUGAUCUAAAUUGUGUCGAUGGGCGCGUAAAAACAUCUACAUUUUUUAAAAAAAGUAUUUUAUAAAGGAUGACCUAGUUCUAGAUCCGCAUCCUGCACAAACCUCAAAUCAGGAUCCGGUAAUUCCUUUAAAAACAGACGCAGAGCUGAUGUCUCCCAUCUUUCCUAAAUAUUAUCAACGACACGCUGUUAAUUUAUGAACUUCUGAACAUUCACGUAUAGGUAUAUCUAUUAUAUUUCUAAUAAAAAGAAGCAUUUAACUACGAGUUUUGAAUAAUCCACGUACACACAUACAAAUACAGAGAGGCGUACGUAAUGGCAGUAACAAGCAAGGCGUUCAUUGUGUGUAUACUGCUAGUCGCCACAAUUGCUACAGCGUACGGCAACGUGCCACGGAUCAGCCUGGACCAGUUUUGCCGGGAGAGACAGUGCGUGGACAGGUAUUUCCCUGUCUGUGCUUCGGACGGCCAGACCUACAGAAACGGCUGCCUCCUGUCUCUGGAGAACUGUGACCGCAGGGUCACCCAGGACUACCUCUUGGUGGAGCAUGUGGGCGAGUGCGGCUCCAUCAAAGAAUACUGAAGUCAGGGCAGUCAGUGGGACGGGUGUCUUUUUGGGGGGUUUUAACAGCUGGCUUCUGAUGCAGUGGUGGCAAAAAAAAAAGUUGUUCCCGCAUCUGAUCUGGACAUUGGGGACUGCCUUGUUAGUGAGACAACUUCCUGGGCCUUCGGCAUAUUGUGGUAGGGUGGCCGGUUCUUUUAAAAGUAAAGUUGUUCCCGCAAACGAUCCGGAUAUUGGGGAUUGCCUGCAGUGGUGGUAGUUAGUGGUCAAUGUGAGAUUUUAUUUUCCAUUAUUGUUUCUGACGUCAUUGUGGUCAGUGGGCGACUUGGGACCUUCGAAAGAUUAUGUCGUCAUAGUGGUUCGAGGUGAAUGUGUGACUGUCAACAGUUUCUGACACAACAGAGGUCAGUGAUCGACAAGGGGCCUUCAACGCUUUAUGACUUCAUAGUGGUCAGUGGUGGGUGUGAGACCUAAAAUAGUCUCUGACAUUUUGACGAAAUGGGGAAAUCUCUGUUGAUUGUUUGAUCCCAUAACCACAUUGUAAAAUAAAGGGUAUGCACGUAA